GCAGCGCUUCCGGCGCGUUGCCAUGGCUGCCGGAGUCAACUUCCGGCGGGGGGGCGGCCGUGGCGGAGGGGCGCCAUGCCGGCUAAGGCGGGCGACGGGCAGCGGCAGAGCCAAAGUGGACCUUCAGGAGGAAAGGCAGCACCACCGAGGCCUGCUAAAGCUGUAUCUAAAAAACGGGAUGAAGAUGCGUCCACUGACGUGGGAGAGGGGGCGGAUGAGUGGACAGCAGUAAAGACUCUGGUCAAACCCCCAGAUCAACUGGAGUUGACUGAAGCUGAAUUAAAAGAGGAAUUUACACGUGUUCUGACAGCUAAUAAUCCCCAUGCUCCCCAGAAUAUUGUCAGAUACAGCUUUAAAGAACGAGCAUACAAGCCAAUAGGCUAUGUAGAUCAAACAGCCAUUCACUUCUCUUUGAAUGGAAACCUGAUCCUCAAAGAUUCAGAUGAAGGCAGACGACAGAGUAUGAGAUCUGCUGUAUCAGAAAAAGCUUCUCUUGAGACUUCUGCAGUAAUAUCUGAAGAGACAGAGAUUAAAGAUGAAGAAGGUACAGAAGAUACUCAGGCUGCAGGAGAAGAAGAGGCGGAGGAGGCAGGAACAGCAGAAGAAGCCGAAGCAGCAGAGGCAGAAGAGCCUCCUCCCCCAAGAGUGAAGGAGCAGAAGCUUGCAAACCAGUUCAACUUCAUUGAGAGAGCUUCAAAGACACUCAACAACCCUUUGAGGGAAAGAGCAUGUCAAUCGGAGCCUACACCUUGUAAAAACUUUUCAGCCACUGCUAACCAGUGGGAGAUCUAUGAUGCUUAUGUGGAGGAGCUUCAGAAAAUGGAAAAGUCAAAAGAGAAAGAAAAAACAAAAGCUCAGAUAGCAAAGAAAGAAGAGAAGAAGAAGGGAAGAAAGUUAACUUCUCUGGAAUCACAGAGUGAUGAUAUAACCAAGAUCUCAAAGGCUGCUAAAAUAAUGGAGCGAAUGGUGAAUCAGAACAUAUUUGAUGACAUUGCACAAGAUUUUAAAUAUUUUGAGGAUGCCUCCGAUGAAUACAGGGACCAGCGAGGAACCCUCCUCCCUCUCUGGAAGUUCCAGUAUGACAAAACCAAGAGACUUGCAGUUACUGCCAUCUCCUGGAAUCCAAAGUACAAGGACCUAUUUGCAGUGGGAUACGGCUCUUAUGACUUCAUGAAGCAGAGCCAUGGCAUGCUCCUGCUCUACACCAUGAAGAACCCCUCUUUCCCAGAGUAUGUCUUCAGCAGUGAGAGUGGCAUCAUGUGCCUGGACAUCCACAAUGACCACCCCUACCUCGUGGCAGUGGGCUUCUAUGACGGCAAUGUGGCCAUCUACAACCUGAAGAAGGCAACCUCCCAGCCCAGCUACAAGAGUAGUGCUAAGUCAGGAAAGCACACAGAUCCAGUGUGGCAGGUCAAGUGGCAGAAGGAUGACAUGGACAACAAUUUGAACUUCUUCUCUGUCUCCUCGGAUGGACGGAUUGUGUCGUGGACUUUAGUUAAGAACGAGCUGGUUCAUACAGAUGUCAUCAAGCUGUCAGCAGAGGGAACAACGAUGCAGGGGCCAGAGGGGCUGCAGCUGCAAACGCUUGGCUGCGGGACAUCGUUUGAUUUUCACAAAAAGAUAGACUAUUUGUUUCUCGUUGGUACUGAAGAGGGAAAGAUCUAUAAGUGUUCAAAAUGCUAUUCGAGCCAGUUUCUGGAUGUGUUUGAAGCCCAUCACAUGGCCGUGGAUUCAGUCAGCUGGAAUCCCUACCACUUGAAAGUCUUCAUUUCCUGCAGCUCUGACUGGACAGUCAAGAUCUGGGAUCACACCAUCAAGACUCCAAUGUUUAUUUAUGACCUGCAUUCUGCUGUAGGGGACGUUGCCUGGUCCCCUUACUCCUCCACGGUCUUUGCUGCAGUCACCACUGAUGGCAAGGCCCAUGUGUUUGAUCUGAGCAUUAAUAAGUAUGAAGCUCUAUGCACCCAGAUAGUGGUGGCCAAGAAGAAAAAUAAAAUAACCCAUAUCCAGUUUAACCCUGUGUACCCUGUUGUCAUCAUCGGAGAUGAGAGAGGCCACGUCACCUGCUUGAAACUCUCUCCCAAUCUGCGUAAGAUGCCCAAGGGAAAGAGCUGAGCACUGCAAGGUGGAUCCAGGGACUUGCGAAACCCUACUUCUGCCCUUUCACAGCUUUCUGUGUCGCCUGCAUGGGACAUUUAAGGACAGAUGGUUUUGACAGCAAGGCACAGCAUCUCACUGAUUGAGUAGGUACCAGUCUGCUUUGGAUCUGGAGCUUGCUCCCGUAAAACCCUUAUCUUCUGGUGGCUCAGUCUCCCAGGGUGCCACAGGGAUGCCCCAGGCCUCUGGUACCCUGCAGGCUGUGAGGGACUGGGGUGCUGUGGCCACGAGCUACACAUGCACUGUCCCUGGGAGGGGGUCAGGGCUCUCCAUAAGGAAGCUGUGGCAGUCCCCAAGGGUAGUGCAUGCUGGCCCUAGCAUACACUGAGGACAGCAAGAGUCUUGCACACUGCUUGUGUGCAACUUCUCAGUGUGUGAGCAACGUUGUUUGUGUCCUGUGGCCAUUUUGCUACACAAACCUAUGACUCACAACUUGAAGUCCACAGAAUCAAAAGCCUUUGGAUAUAUACCUGUCUGGAGACCCUGCACAUAUCCACUUUGCACAGGAGAGUAGCUGUAUGGCACAAAUCCAGCUGUCUGGGAGUGUUACAUCACAGGUAAAAAGAGUUUUGGAUCCUGGACAGACACAUCGCAACCUCAGACACCAGCACGGCUUGGAGAGCUAGCCCAAACAAGC